CGGCCCCGAGCCCCGGCCCCGAGCCCGGCGCCGCCGCCGCCGCCCCGGGCCGGCCGUGCCGGAGCCGCCCCUCGGCCGCGCCCGCCCCCUGGCCGCCUGCUCGGCGGCGCGGCAGUGCCGGCGGGGCUAUGGCUGCGGAGGAGGUGCUGCAGGGCGCAGACCACUACAAGAGCGAGAUCGAGCGGCUGACCCGGGAGCUCUCCGAGACGACCCAUGAGAAGAUCCAGGCGGCGGAGUACGGGCUGGUGGUGCUGGAGGAGAAGCUCACCCUCAAGCAGCAGUACGAUGAGCUGGAGGCGGAGUAUGACGGCCUCAAGCAGGAGCUGGAGCAGCUGAAGGAGGCUUUUGGACAGUCCUUCUCUGUUCACCGCAAAGUGGCUGAAGAUGGCGAAACGCGGGAAGAGACUCUUCUCCAGGAGUCUGCGUCAAAGGAAGCAUAUUACCUUGGCAAGAUUUUGGAGAUGCAGAAUGAGCUCAAGCAGAGCAGGGCCGUGGUCACCAAUGUUCAGGCAGAGAAUGAGAGGCUCACUGCAAUUGUCCAAGACUUGAAAGAGAAUAACGAAAUGGUGGAGCUGCAGAGGAUACGAAUGAAAGAUGAGAUUCGAGAGUAUAAGUUUCGAGAGGCGAGACUGCUGCAGGACUACACUGAGCUAGAAGAAGAAAACAUCACUUUACAGAAACUGGUGUCCACACUGAAACAGAAUCAAGUUGAAUACGAAGGCUUAAAGCAUGAGAUUAAACGAUUUGAGGAGGAGACAGUGUUGCUUAAUAGCCAGCUAGAAGAUGCCAUCCGGCUGAAGGAGAUUGCUGAGCAUCAGCUGGAGGAAGCUCUGGAAACUUUAAAAAAUGAAAGAGAGCAAAAGAACAAUCUGAGAAAGGAACUGUCCCAGUAUAUCAACCUCAAUGAUAGUAUGUAUAGUAACCAUAUUAAUAUAUCAGUAGAUGGGUUGAAGUUUUCAGAGGACGGGGGUGAGCCCAACAAUGACGACAAAAUGAACGGACACAUCCACGGGCCUCUUGUGAAACUCAACGGUGACUACAGAACUGCCACCAGUAGGAAAGGAGAAUCUCUGCACCCUGUCUCUGACCUCUUCAGUGAGCUCAACAUAUCAGAGAUACAGAAACUGAAGCAGCAACUCAUGCAGGUGGAGCGGGAGAAGGCCAUUCUCCUGGCCAACCUCCAGGAGUCUCAGACGCAGCUGGAGCACACCAAGGGCGCCCUGACGGAGCAGCACGAGCGCGUGCACAGGCUCACGGAGCAUGUCAAUGCUAUGAGGGGGCUGCAGAGCAACAAGGAGCUGAAGGUUGAGCUUGACUGUGAGAAGGGCCGAGAUUCCGGCGAGGAAGCACACGACUACGAAGUGGACAUCAAUGGCUUGGAGAUCCUGGAAUGUAAAUACAAAGUGGCUGUUACUGAGGUGAUAGACCUUAAAGCAGAAAUCAAAGCCUUAAAGGAGAAAUAUAAUAAGUAUGUGGAAAACUACACCGAAGAGAAGGCCAAGUAUGAGAGCAGAAUCCAGACAUACGAUGAGCAGGUGACAAGCCUGGAGAAGUCGACCAAGGAAAGCCAGGAAAAAAUGGUCCACAUGGAAAAGGAGUUACAAAGGAUGACAAGCAUAGCAAACGAAAACCACAAUACCCUUAACACUGCCCAGGACGAGCUGGUGACAUUUAGUGAGGAGCUGGCUCAGCUCUACCACCACGUCUGCCUGUGCAACAACGAGACGCCAAACAGGGUCAUGUUGGACUAUUACAGGCAGAGCAGAGUCACCCGCAGCGGGAGCCUGAAGGGGCCGGAUGACCCUCGAGGUCUCCUUUCACCUCGGCUUGCCAGGCGGGGGGUGGCAUCGCCCGUAGAAGCCAGGACCCCGACCGAGCAGGUGACAAAAGAGGCCACAGAGCCCGGCAAGGAACAAAGCCCAACCAAAACACCUUCCAUUUCUCCUGUCAUCACAGCCCCUCCUUCCUCCCCUGUCUCUGACACCAGUGACAUCCGCAAAGAGCCUAUGAACAUCUACAACCUCAAUGCCAUAAUAAGGGACCAAAUCAAGCACUUGCAGAAGGCUGUGGAUCGGUCGCUGCAGCUGUCGCGCCAGCGGGCCGCGGCCCGUGAGCUGGCACCCAUGAUCGACAAAGACAAGGAGGCCUUAAUGGAAGAGAUCCUGAAGCUGAAGUCACUCCUGAGUACAAAGCGAGAGCAGAUCGCGACCCUGAGAGCAGUGCUGAAAGCCAACAAGCAGACAGCUGAAGUGGCACUGGCCAAUUUGAAGAACAAAUAUGAAAAUGAAAAAGCAAUGGUGACUGAGACCAUGACCAAACUACGGAAUGAACUAAAGGCUCUGAAGGAAGAUGCAGCAACCUUCUCAUCCUUGAGAGCGAUGUUUGCAACCAGGUGUGAUGAGUAUGUCACACAGCUGGAUGAGAUGCAGAGGCAGCUGGCAGCUGCGGAGGAUGAGAAGAAGACCCUGAACUCUCUGCUGCGCAUGGCUAUCCAGCAAAAACUUGCCCUGACCCAGCGACUGGAGGAUUUAGAGUUCGACCAUGAGCAAUCCCGACGCAGCAAAGGCAAGCUGGGAAAGAGCAAGAUCGGCAGCCCUAAAGUAAGUGAGGAGGCAUCAGCCACCGUGCCAAGCAUUGACACUUUCCUCCUGCAUAGUCAGGGCCCACAGCAACCAAACUUACUGGUCAGCAGUGGCACUCAGAGGAAAAGACUAUUCUCACCUUCCCUUUGUGAUCAGAGCCAUCCCAGGACUUCAGGGACCUACCUCCAGAAAUUAUUAAGAGCCCCCCCUCAUCCCGCCUCCACAGAAUCAUAUCUUCUGAGGGGCCCCCCUUCCAUGAGUGAAUUCAUCCAUGGGCACCGUCUCAGCAAGGAAAAAAGGUUAACCGUGGCCAUACCAGCCCAAAGGGAUUGUCAGCAGCCUGCUGCCUCCAUACCGCCACACGGCUCACAACUAGCCAGGGGGCCAGAUUGCCAGACUGUCAGUCCUAAUGCUCUUCCAGAAGAGCAGCCACAUUCCAGCUCUCAGUGUGCCCCUCUCAACUGUCUCUCUAAGCCUCCUCCUUAGCCCUAAUCUUCAUACGCAACGUAAGAGAAAAUGCAGAGUGGAGCGCAUGCAACAAAGGUUGGGGUUGUUCCCAGCAAGCGGGUAGACAAUCCUGCCUUGUUGCUGCUUUGGCAAGUCUGGAUUCAUAUCCCCUGCUCUGGCAACUGAGGGAAGGUUGAGAAGAAGAACACAAAGCACAGAGCCCAACCUAUCAAGAAGACUUUUUAUGGUUCCUCUGAUUGUACUCAAACUGUGCUAUCACAACUGAAGUGUAGUGAAAUUUAACAUCUCGACAAAAAUGUUCCUCCCAGCUGCUUGGCUUUACCUCUGAAAUGAUGAGAGACUUAAGCCAAUGUUAAAAAAAAUGUUAUAAAAAAUACUACCCUCACAUCCUCUAAGUUCAGCCAUAGGAACCAGUUCAAAUUUCCUUUUGUCUUCAAGGGUGUGAUAUUUAUUUCUUACUUUAUUUGCACCAGAAUUUUGUGUUUAUAAAAUGCAGUCUUUUUUUUUUUUUUUGUGAGAGUUGUAUUUAACUAAUUUUAUUUUUUAAAUCUAAGCAGAAAUAGCUUCAGUGAAGAAUGACUGUGUUAAUAUUAAAAAGAGGCUUGUUGCAUUGGCCAGCAUAUGGCCAAUUUUUAUUGCACAAAAAUGUUGGAAAUGGGUUGAAUUGGAAUGUUAACAAUGACUGUAUAUUUUGCUGCUGCACUGAUGUUGUUUAUGCACUUGGUUUUUUAAUUCCUAUUACACUAGCUUCUGGUUUUGUUCUAGCUCUUCACUGAAAGAUAAUUAUUAAGCCUAAGAAGGAGAUGAAAGGAUAAUGUACUGAUUUGUUUUCAGUUGUUUGCUCUCAUUGUAAUUAUACUUCUCGCAUCAUGAAUUGGUGCUGUUUUUUGGGAUUACUUUCUAUUUGGUAUCUGAGAAAGAAAAUCUAAAAUAAGUAAAAUGCUGUGUGCUAAUUAAACACUUUCUUUCCUCCCACUCCCAUAUUCAGGAUCCUAGCUCGAGGCCUUACCAGGAAAGGCUAAUUUGAAUGCGGAAAUUGUGUGCAUUUUGUGUGAAGUAUUCUGUGGUGAAAGAACUCAUGCAGGUAGGGUUGAUGGUGUGGAUCAAAGUCAGCAGGACUUUACUGUAGUGCAUUUUUUCCUUGCCAAAAAUCAACAGACACAGAACCUUAGCUCAUGUCAGUUUAUGACAAAUACUCAGGUGAUCAACACUACGCAGAUUCUAUCGCAACAGUGCACAGUGUUCCUAGUUAAAGAUUCUUUCCUUUAAAAGCUGAGUAAGCCUGUUUUUCUCUUAAAAGCAGUGAUUUUCAGAACAAAAUCAAGGAUAGAGGAAUUUAUUUUGCACAGUACCUGGCAGCAAGACAAGUGGCUAAGCAGAGGGUUAUGGUUCAGCAUCUGUGGGUUUCCCGUCUGGUUGUCAGCUAAACAAGUCUGCAGUGCUGCCUACUUGUUGGUAACUAGCAGGCUCCUUGUUUUCUUAGGUGGCCUUAAUUUAUUUACAGAAGAGAGGCUUAGAUAUUUCCAUGUCUUUAUAUCUUCUCUGCAGCACAUGUGUGACCGACAAGUGGGAACACAGUACAGCCUAAGGUAUGGGGCAGCUAGGGAAAAGAAAUUGCUUCAGCUGUGGCUGGAGCAAUUCUUUCAAAUUCUGCCUGAAUCUGAGAAAAUGAAGUCAGUUUUUUUAAGGAACAGUGCUUACCAAAUGUUACAAUACAGAAAACAUCAGCAGAGGAAAGAAUCGGUGACCACUCAGUGUGCCUAACAAAUCAUUAUUACCAUAGUACCAAGAACAAAGGUGCUGUAAAUAGAAAUAUUUUAUGUCAUCAACAAUGUCUGUCGUGUAACCUUGGCAAAGCAGCUGAGCUAUUGUAACAAAACACUCAGAGAUAGAGAAAAUAGGAACAAACUGGUACCCAGUCCUGCUCAGAUCAGACAGAUAACACUCAGCAGUGUUUUGACUUUAGUUUCCAUGGGGUUCACAUGAUUCUUCUCAUAUACCUUUACAUCGCUAUUCAGUGUCAUAAUUGAACUGCCUGUUGUCUUGUCAUAGAAAGAUCAAGUGAAACCUUGUUCAGCUCUAUCAUGAUGUCUGACACUGAGUUUAGCUGCUAUUUUGAUUUUUUUAAAAAACCCCACAGUAUUUUGUCUGAGGCAAAUUCAGCUUUCAAAAAGCAUCUCCAGAUUUCUGACCUUGUCUGACUGGUGUAUGAAUAUCUGCAUCCAACAAAGACAGCUACUGCAUAGUGUUAAUAAGAGAAGGAAUUUGCAUAGCACUUUGAAUACAGUUACCACUGACUGCACUUGGAAUAGUUUUUCCUAUUUUCAUAUCCAAAUCAAAGGCAUUUUCCUAAACUUGAGUUAAGCAGUAUUUCAAUGAAAUACAUUUCCUUUCUAUAUAGAUACAAAUUUAUUGGGGGGAAAAAGGUAUUAAGACAGUUUAGAAACAUAUGCAUAUCCAUGUGGUUCAAGAGUUAUGAAAGAACAUUCAGUGGUAUAGAAGUUGUGGCCCUGUUUUAUAGAAAUAAGUUUUUUUAUUCUCUUAAGUUUUAAAUUUUUAAUUUCUAAGUUUUCAAUUUACAUUUUUUAUAUGUAAUAAAAUGUAAUUGUUGGAAAUGUGAGAGAACUAGAAACAAACCAACUUCGAUGUACAAAUGGUUGUAGUCAUUGCAUUGUAAGUUACAGAAUUCUGUAGGUCCCUGGGACAACUUUUGUCAAUUAACCAGUAUAAAAUAAAAUAUGUACCUUGAACUUAAGAUGAAAACCUCUUCUUUGUUAUAUAUUGAUUGAUAACAUAAAACUUUGUGAGAGAUUUUGUAGGAAAUAUUUACAUUCAGACAAAACCACAAACAAAAGCCUGGGUUUUUUAAGGAUUGCAAAAUAUUACAUUUUACCCAUUUAAAAUUAGCUUAUGUUGUGUUGAUAUCUAUUCUGAUUUUUAAUGAUUAAGAAAAAAUUAUUCAUAUAUUUUUAAUGGUUGAGUAUAUUUAGAAUCACUAUUCUGUGUUUUACUCAGUAAGGAAGCAAUUCAAAUCCUGCUCUGACUUCUGUGUCUGAAACACAGCUUUUAUUCUCUAUGAUGGCCUUGAAAUUUCUUUUGAUUUGAAAUAGCCUACUCAAAAUAGGGUCAUUUAGGUCAAAACAGGGGCAUUUUGGUUUGGGUUGUGUUUUCUGAUGUAGUGAAAAAUUAUUCCUUGUUCAGUGAAAUGAUCUGCUUGUGGAAAUCCAGUUUAUAGGAAAUGUGUGAGGAAAAGAAGAAAAGGAAAUAAAUAGAAAAAACCCCAAAUAUAAAGGGAGAAAAAGAUGAAAAAUAAAUUUUAAAAUGUAAUAGUAUAUUACAAUAUAUUUUCUAUCAGUCAGAACAUAUGUGGAAGUUUUACAGAAAGAGGACAUAACUGUUUUUCAUGCUAAUUGUAUAGAAUUUUCUGCCUUCUAAAUGGAGGCAAUAGUGUGAUAUUCUUUCUGAUUGAUCUGAUUGACAGGUUGGCAUCUCUGUGCUUUAUCCACAUUUUUACAGUAAAUUAAUGUAAUCAUAGCUAUACAGCAGAGUUUGUAGAAUGAAACUGUAAUUAACGCUGCAAGUUUUAAUGCCAAGUUGAUUUUCAGUUUGCUUUUUAUUUUUAAAACAAUGACAAAGUUGUUUAAGCCAUUUACCAUAUUAAUGUGUGUACAUAAAGGAGAUUAUGUUAUGAAAUAUAGCCUCACUUAAGAAAUAUGACCUCACCUAUGAAGGCUGCUCACCGUAAUUAUGUUGGAAAUACUUAAGUAAGCUGUUAGUAAGAUCUGACCCAGUCCUCAUCCCACUGGGAAUGACACCCACAGUCCAGGCCCUAAUUUUGGUACCAGCCUUGUCAUUUAUCCUGCAAUGCUGAAGUCAGUAGCUGUGCUGCCAGCUCCACUUAGAGCUGGAUUGAUCAUCAUCAUCAUAAAGUAUAGAUUGCAUCAGCCUUUCUGAGAUGUGUUCCUUUCUUUGGCAGAAGAUGCAUAUCCACUGAGGUUACAGUAAAUUUCUUUCUUUUGUUCCUCGGAAAUCUUCGUUUGAGAAUGGCAGGGACUGAUGUUUUACCUUUGAAGUAUGAUAAUUGCUAUAGUUACCUCUUUAAAAAUUUGUCAUCGCUUUUUCUUCAGUUUUCCUUUGCUAUGUGUGCAGUGAGUCUGAAAUGGAUAUAUACUAUUCAGACGGUUUUUAACCAUUAAGGGGUUUUUUUAGUGUAAUUAAGCAUCCUGUGGAAAAGAAAGAAAAAAGCAUUUGCCUUUCGCCUUCAGGCACAAAUACAUCAAAAUAUGCAAUGGGAAAUGUGUGCAUGACAUUGUUAAGAUCGUGUUGUUUCUCCAUAUCCAUUACUAAGCUAGAAAAUUCUUAUUUCUUGUGUGAUAUGCAUAUUCCUCUUGCUAGAAGGGCAAGACAACUAUCACAGAGAGUCUGUAUCUUUCAUUUGGAGGUGCACAGCUUAAAUCCUUAUUGGUUUUUAAUCUGUUUCCUGUGGAGUUCUUGAAAAUCCCCUUUGUAAAAUGUAAUGGUAACCAAGUGACAAAAGGUAAAGGAAAAAUCCAAUAUUUCAUUACUGGAGUUAAUGUGUGGGCAGACUCUGGGUGAUAGAGCGUUGUAUUUCAAAAAUGUCUUUCUACAAAGCUUUAUAUUUGUUUUGAUUAUCAUGAUCUGCUGUAAAGGGGUGGAUAAGAGUGUAUGUUUUUUUCUCAGUGUUAGUAAUCUGAGUUUUUAUUGAAUAUGUGGUUAAUUGAUUUCAAAAGUAUCUUGGAAAAUCAAUAAACAGAAGCAUUUGAUGAAAGUUUCAAGUAGACUGGCUUGCUAGCUAGUUGGUAUUUUAACAGCUAUGAACAAGAAAUAAGAGUAAUCUAGCUUAUUUUAUUAUUAUUUCUCCUCUUCACAGAUAUGGCUAUGUGUGCUAUGCCAGUGGUUAAAUUAAGUCCAUUUUAUUACUUAUUGCCCUUUUGAUUUUCAGCCCUGUGGUUUGACUGUUAAAGGGUUAAUUAACUUGAUCCUUUGUAAACAAUUAAAAAAAAAGAAAACUGAUGUUUUGUGACUUUUGUAAUCUAUUGAAUGUUUCCAUUUGCAUGAUGUUCUGUAUUUAAUGAACCAUACAGAUUGCUGUGUUCCUUUCAAAAGAGUUUUAGCAUUGGUGGAGUUUGUGACAAACACAAAUUUGUAUACUGUAUGUUUACUGCUGUAAUAACUCAGCUACUCCUAUGUUGAAUUGACAUUAUGUUGUCCUGCCUUCUUGGGGUUAAAUGAUGAAGUGUUUCUAGGUGGUGAAGAAUAUAAAAAUAUAUAUGUUCAUUUGCUAAAGACUGAGUAUCUGAAACUCUUCUUGUUGCUACUUUAUGCUAAAAGCAAAAAAGUUAAAUAAUUCUUGUUUCCAAAAAUGCAUCGUUUAUUUUUAAAAUUGAAGUAAUUCUCAUGUUAACUUUUCCUUGUCCUUGUAGACAAUCCUAGAUUAAUACCUUUUGAGGGAUUCAUAAAGUCUGUGCUUGUACAUGUGUAAUAUGAUCAUGCAGUCAAAUGGUUGGGAAAAAACACUCUAGUGCUGAAGAAAAUUAAAAGAAGCCGAUAUACUGAUUCUUACAUCUUUAUGUUCCAAUUAAAAUUACAGUGUAAUGCAUAACUGUUCCAGUGAAUAA